UUAGAGGGAAGAUCGUGUGGCCAACUGGAGUUCGUAAACUCGUGGUUCUGUGGGUGUUCGCUGAUAAAGGGUUCUCCAACUGCCACGGUUGCAUGGACUGUACUCACAUCUACGUGGACAAGCCGGCGAAUGCUCCGAGCGAAAACUACUACGACGGGAAGGGUCGUUUCUCCAUCGUCACACAGGUUGUCGUCAACCUGGACUUGCGUGUGCUCAACAUGCACAUGGUAUGCCGAGGUAGCUGCCACGACAUCAGGGUGUUGCAGUUGUCCAGACUAUCGCAGCGAGCAGAAGAGGGGUCAUUGUUCCAUGGUCCCCCCGUGACACUGCCGUUCGGUGUGAAGACGAAUGGGUAUGUCCUGGCGGACAAUGGCUACCCCCCUUCGGAAUGGAUAGUCGUCCCGUAUGGAGGCAUCAAUCAGCACGUCGACGAGGAGCGGUUUGACAACAAGCAGAAAGUGGCGAGGGGAGCGGUGGGGAGGGAGUUCGGCAGGCUGAAGGGCAUGUGGCGGCUGUUUCUGCGGACACACAAAACAAACAUGGACACGCUCCCACAGCAGUUCAAGUUCACCGUCGUCUGUAUACUGCACAACAUACUAAUCGACGCAGGAAUCCCCUUCGACGAGAAUCUGCUAUGGGAGGUCGAUGCUAAUGGUGUGCGACGCCGUGUGGACCUGGAGAUGGAAGAGCCCCUUCAGCCUGUGUCGAUGAUGACAUCGACGAGGGAAGCGUUGGCCCUGAGGCAUGCUUUGGCGGAACGAAUGAAACACGAUUGAGUCAUGUUCCCAUGGUGGACGGCAGCGCGUGGAAGUGCAUUCGUUGCAGCAAUGACCAGAGGGAAGAUUCGUUGCUUCGGCCAACCUUGAUUGGGUUGCUAGCGUCUGUUUCAGCUAGGGGUUGGUGGUUUGCGUCGAGGGUUGUGGUUCGUCGCCGUCGUGAUUCGUGGAUCUGCGUCGAUGUUGUUCUUGUUUUUAUAUGAUUCGUGUUCACGUCGUGUACUGAGGACACAGUGCACUGCGAGUGUAGAGUGCGCUGUUUUUUGGCACAGCGGGUGUUGUUUAGAAGAUAGAGCAGUGUUGGUGAUUUGGUUGGGCCUGAAACUUGUCCCCCACCUGCCUUCCAUUUUUUUGAAUUUGCGUAAUGAAUUGUUGAACGAUUU